CCUGUCGAAGUGUUUAUCCUGACGUCAGUGUGCAGGGAUCGCAGCGCUCCAGUCUCGCUCUCGGAGUCGUUCAGCAGCGUUCCAGCAGGAUUUCGGGGAUCGAUGGGCUGGAGUUCGCCACUUGCGCACUAGUUUCGCCGGAGUGACUGUUAUGAUUUCUGAUCAUAAUCCCAACUGGACUAAAACAAUGAACACCUGUGUUUUUCUCGUGAUCCUGGCCGCGCAGAUCUACGCCGAUGGCAUGGAAGGGCCAACAGCGGCUGGCUGCACCUUCGAGGAGGACUCGGACCCCGGCCUCUGCGAGUACAGCCAGGGCGAGGAGGACGACUUUGACUGGCAGCUCGUCCGCACCUACAGCUUGCCGUACUCCACCUCUGAUCUGCUGAGCGGUUCCUACAUGAUCGUGAACUGCUCCCAGCAUGCCGCGGGACAGCGGGCGCACCUCCUGCUGCAGACGCUCAGUGAGAAUGACACCCACUGCGUCCAGUUCAGCUACUUCCUGUACAGCCGCGAUGGGCACAGCCCGGGGGCUCUGCGGGCGUACGUGCGGGUCAACGGCGGGCCUCUGGGCAGCCCCGUCUGGAAUGCAUCCGGCUCACAUGGGCGCCAGUGGCACCAGGUGGAGAUGGCUGUCAGCACCUUCUGGCCCAACGAGUACCAGGUGCUGUUUGAGGCAACGGUCUCCAAGGAGCGCCAGGGCUAUAUCGGCAUGGAUGACAUCCUGCUCCUGAACUACCCCUGCUACAAGGCACCCCAUUUCUCCCGCCUGGGGGACGUGGAGGUCAACGCCGGGCAGAACGCCACCUUCCAGUGCGUGGCGUCGGGACGGGCCUCGGAGUCGGAGAAGUUCCUGCUGGAGCGGCAUAAUGGAGACCUGACUCCUGCUUCUUCGGUGAAGCACCUGAGCCACCGGCGUUUCGUGGCCUCCUUCCAGCUGGACGCCGUGCAGCACGCGGAUCAGGACCUGUACCGCUGCGUCACCCAGGCCGCCCGCGGGGCCGGCGUCUCCAACUUCGCAGAGCUCAUCGUCAAGGUACCCCCCUCCCCCAUAGCACCACCCCAGCUGCUGAGAGCCGGCUCCACCUACCUGAUCAUCCAACUGAACACCAACUCCAUCCUGGGGGAUGGGCCCAUCAUCCGACGGGAGAUCGAGUACCGCGCCAGCCAGUCGCCCUGGUCCGAGGUGCAUGGCGUCAACAUGGUCACCUACAAGCUAUGGCACCUGGACCCGGACACAGAGUACCACAUCAGUGUGCUGCUGACCCGGCCUGGCGAUGGGGGCACCGGGCCCCCAGGGCCCCCCCUCAUCAGCCGGACCAAGUGUGCAGAGCCGAUGCGGCCCUUGCGGGGCCUGACCGCCACCGAGAUCCAGGCGCGGCAGCUGUCGCUGCAAUGGGAGACACUCGCCUACAACCUGACCCGCUGCCACACCUACUCGGUGUCCCUGUGCUACCGCUACUCCAUGGCGGCGGGCAGCGGCGGGGCUGGCGGGGGCCACAACGCCACGGUGCGCGAGUGCCUCGCUGUGGAACACAACGUGUCGCGCUUCACGCUGCGCGACCUGCCGCCAUACCGCGCCAUGCACGUGCGCCUCACGCUCUCCAAUCCCGAGGGAAAGAAGGAGGGCCGCGAGGUCACCUUCCAGACCGAGGAGGACAUUCCUGGCGGCAUUGCCCCGGAGUCGCUGACCUUCACCCCCCUAGAGGACAUGAUUUUCCUGAAGUGGGAGGAGCCUGUGGAGCCUAAUGGACUCAUCACCCAAUACGAAAUCAGCUAUCAGAGCAUCGAGUCAUCAGACCCCGGGAUCAACGUGCCAGGCCCACGCCGGACUGUCUCCAAGCUCCGCAACGAGACCUACCACAUGUUCUCCAACCUGCACCCGGGCACCACCUACCUGAUCUCCGUGCGCGCCCGCACAUCCAAAGGCUUUGGCCAGACCGCCCUCACUGAGAUUACCACCAACAUCUCCGCUCCCGCCUUUGACUACGGGGACAUGCCCUCCCCUCUGAGCGAAACAGAGAAUACCAUCACCGUGCUGCUCCGCCCUGCCCAGGCCAGGGGCGCCCCCGUCAGCACGUACCAGGUGGUGGUGGAGGAGGACAGCACCCGGAAGGUGAAGCGGGAGCUGGGGCCGCAGGACUGCUUUCCGGUGGCCUCAUCCCACAGCGAGGCUCAGGCCAAGGGGGCUCCGCACUACUACACGGCCGAACUAGCACCCAGCAGCCUCCCAGAGGCCACGCCCUUCACCGUGGGGGACAACCACACCUACAACGGCUACUGGAACACUCCCCUUGACCCCAGGAAGACCUAUCUGAUCUACUUCCAGGCCAUGAGCAACUUCAGAGGAGAAACGAGGAUAAACUGCGUCCGCAUCGCCCGCAAAGCAGCUUGUAAGGACCACAAGAAGGCCCUAGAGGUGUCCCAGCACUCGGAGGAGAUGGGGCUGAUCCUGGGGGUGUGUGCUGGUGGGCUGGUGGUCCUCAUCUUGCUCCUGGGUGCCAUCAUCAUCAUCAUCAAGAAGGGAAGGGACUACUAUACCUACUCUUACUACCCGAGGAAGCCGGUGAACAUCAACAAGACGCCCAUCACCUACAGGCAGGAGAAGACACACAUGAUGGGCUCCAUGGAAAGGAGCUUCACCGACCAGAGCACGCUGCAGGAGGAUGAGAGGAUGGCACUCUCCUUCAUGGACGCCCACAACUGCAGCACCCGCAGUGAUCCACGUAGCUCUGUGAACGAAUCCAGCAGCUUGCUUGGGGGGUCUCCACGACGACCAUGUGGACGCAAAGGCUCCCCCUACCACACGGGGCAGCUGCACCCGGCCGUGCGCGUGGCCGACCUGCUCCAGCACAUCAACCAGAUGAAAACUGCAGAGGGGUACGGGUUCAAGCAGGAGUAUGAGAGUUUCUUUGAAGGAUGGGAUGUCACUAAGAAGAAGGACAAGACCAAGGGAAGACAUGACAGCCUCAUGGGUUAUGACCGCCAUCGAGUCAAGCUCCAUCCACUGCUGGGGGAUCCCAACUCCGACUACAUCAACGCCAACUACAUUGACAUUCGGAUAAACAGGGAAGGAUACCAUCGAUCCAACCACUUCAUCGCCACUCAGGGGCCCAAGCAGGAGACGGUCUACGACUUCUGGCGCAUGGUGUGGCAGGAGAACUGCUUCAGCAUCGUCAUGAUCACCAAGCUGGUGGAGGUGGGCCGGGUGAAAUGCUGUAAGUACUGGCCGGAUGACAGCGAAAUGUAUGGCGACAUCAAGAUCACGCUGCUGAAGACGGAGACGCUGGCGGAGUACACCGUCCGCACCUUCGCCCUGGAGCGGAGGGGUUACUCCGCGAAGCACGAGGUUCGCCAAUUCCACUUCACGUCGUGGCCGGAACACGGCGUUCCCUACCACGCCACCGGCCUGCUCGCAUUCAUCCGCCGCGUCAAGAGCUCCACACCACCUGACGCUGGGCCCAUCGUGGUGCACUGCAGCAUGGGGGCAGGUCGCACAGGCUGUUACAUUGUCCUGGAUGUGAUGCUGGACAUGGCGGAGUGCGAGGGCGUGGUGGACAUCUACAACUGCGUCAAGACGCUCUGCUCCCGGCGCAUCAACAUGAUCCAGACAGAGGAGCAGUACAUCUUCAUCCACGACGCCAUCCUGGAGGCGUGCCUCUGUGGCGAGACGGUUAUCCCUGUCAGCGACUUCGCACUUACCUACAAGGAGAUGCUGAGAGUGGACUCCCAGAGCAACUCCUCCCAACUCCGCGAGGAAUUCCAGACGCUGAACUCGGUGACGCCUCACCUGGAUGUGGAGGAGUGCAGCAUCGCGCUGUUGCCACGUAACCGCGAGAAGAACCGCAGCAUGGAUGUGUUGCCACCUGACCGCGCCUUGCCCUUCCUCGUCACCACCGAGGGCGAGAGUAACAACUACAUCAACGCCGUGCUCAUGGACAGCUUCCACCAGCCUGCCGCCUUCAUCGUCACGCCGCACCCGCUGCCCGGGACCACCGCUGAUUUCUGGAGGCUGGUCUUCGAUUACGGCUGCAGCUCUGUGGUCAUGAUCAACCAGCUGAACCAGUCUAACUCAGCCUGGCCAUGUGUCCAGUACUGGCCGGAGCCCGGCACACAGCAGUACGGACCCAUGCAGGUGGAGUUCCUGUCCAGGUCUGCUGAUGAAGACGUCAUCACGCGCCUCUUCCGGGUCCAGAACGUCACACGGCUACAGGAGGGUCAGAUGCUGGUGCGACAGUUCCAGUUCCUGCGCUGGUCGGCGUACCGCGACGUUCCCGACUCCAAGAAGGCCUUCCUGGGGCUGCUGGGCCACGUGGCCGAGUGGCAACGGGAGAGCGGGGAGGGCCGCACCGUCGUGCACUGCCUCAACGGCGGUGGACGCAGUGGAACUUUCUGCGCCUGCACAAUGAUCCUGGAGAUGAUCGAGUCCCAGAACAUGGUGGACGUCUUCUACGCCGUGAAGACACUGCGGAACUCAAAGCCCAACAUGGUGGAGUCCCUGGACCAGUACAGGUUCUGCUAUGACCUGGCACUGGAGUACCUGGACUGCAUGGAGGUGAGAUAGCAGCACAGUGUGACUCCACCUCCUCGCCCCGGACUGGAACCUCCAGCUCAGCCACCAUCUCUGUGUGGUCGCCACAAGCUUGUUUCCCUUAUGUGCAUCCUCAACACUUUGGAUUAACAGGCCUUACCUGGAAUCGAUGGUGUGCAGAACAGAGCAAUGUCAGAGAUGGGGAAGAAUCUUGCCUUUAACCUUAAUGUGUGACUGCUGUUUUGUUUCCUGGUCUGUUUUUGCUUAAGGGGUGUGGGUGUGUGUGUGUGUGGGGGGGGUCUCAGGCUGUUCUGUGUUGAGCAUCCUUGCCAAGUCCUAAGGACAGAAUGAGCGAAUCCCUCUGUUUGAGACCACUGCUCACUUCCUGUGACUCGCUGGGCAGUUCCCUGGUCACGUGACCCACAGGUGCCAGCUGUGCUAAGCCCGGGGUUCACUGUGGUUCCAUCUCCUCAGACCAUCUGGCUGUAUUGUGCUGCUAAGGACGGCUAAAGCCGCCGGCUUCAGCGAGGAUCAUCCUGCGUACCAUUGAUGUUACGAAUUACGGUGGAAAAAAAACACCUUUUCAGAGGAGUUCUCGACAUUCCAGGUGCUUGUGUCGUGUUUUCUGGAUUUCCUUUCUUCGUGACGUUCGUGGAGUGGACUCACUGGUUUUUCCAUCUGGGAUCAGCAUGGACUGGACUCUAAGCAACUCUUAAAAAAUUGUGGGGGGGGGAGGUUUCUAUCACGACUCAUCUAAUGGUGCCACCCCAAAAUGAGAGAAUUCUCAUGCUAUUUUUAUGUUUGGCUUUGCCCUGUAUAUGUGUAUAUAGCUAUCUGAGUUUGUAGAUGUUCUUGUCUGGAAGUCCCAUCUCCUAUGUGUGUGUAAAGCGGGGACUAAUAUUACCAGUGUGCCGGCA